GUGAACGGCCGCAUGCUCGGGCAGAAGUGGGUCAGCGGCGGAGGGGCAGGAGGCAGAGCCGCCCGGUGCCUCCCGGUGCCGCCCCGCAUCUCCCGGUGCCGCCGCCGCCCCAUGCGCCCCCCGGCGCGACCCUGAGAGCUGCCCGACACCAUGCGAGCCCAAAUCGAAGUGAUCCCGUGCAAGAUCUGCGGAGACAAGUCCUCAGGGAUCCACUACGGCGUUAUCACCUGCGAAGGCUGCAAGGGUUUUUUUCGGAGGAGCCAGCAGAACAACGCCAGCUACUCCUGCUCCCGGCAGAGGAAUUGCCUGAUCGACCGCACCAACCGCAACCGCUGCCAGCACUGCCGCCUGCAGAAAUGCCUGGCGCUCGGCAUGUCCCGCGACGCGGUGAAGUUUGGGCGUAUGUCGAAGAAGCAGCGGGACAGCCUCUACGCCGAGGUGCAGAAACACCAGCAGAGCCAGGAGCAGAGCGGCGGCACCAAGGAUGAGCCUGAGCCCCUGAGCCGUGUCUACACCACCAGUGUCAGCAGUGGGCUCUCAGACCUGGAUGACAUCUCCACACUGUCGGAUGGGCUCCUCUUUGAUUUUCCCCUCACCCCAGACGGCAGCAGCACCUACUACAACCUUGACCUGCUUGCCUCGGCGCAGCCAUCGCCCGACCAGUCCAGCCUGGACGUGGCCGAUGCCACGCUCAUCAAGCAGGAGUCCAUCUAUGAGCUGAUGCUGGAGCCAGCCCUGUUUGCGCACGGCGCGCUGGAGGGCGGGCAGCUGGCUCCCGAUAUCUCCGUCCUCGAGAUCGACCGAGUGGCCCAGAACGUGGUGAAGUCGCACCUGGAGACAUGCCAGUACACAACGGAGGAGCUCAAGCGCAUGGCAUGGAGCCUCUACUCCCCUGAGGAGAUCCGCACCUUGCAGAGCAAGAGCUGCGAAGCCAUGUGGCAGCAGUGCUCGCUGCAGAUCUCCAAUGCCAUCCAGUACGUGGUGGAGUUUGCCAAGCGCAUCGACGGCUUCAUGGAGCUCUGCCAGAACGACCAAAUCAUCCUCCUGAAAGCCGGUUGCCUCGAGGUGCUCCUGAUCCGCAUGAUCCGCGCGUUCAACCCCUUGAACAACACCAUCCUCUUCGAGGGGAAGUUCGGUGGCGUGCAGAUGUUCAAGUCGCUUGGCUGUGAUGACCUCAUUGGCGCUGUCUUCGAGCUGGGGAGGACCCUGUGCCGCCUGCAGCUGUCGGAUGAGGAGCUCGCCCUCUUCACUGCUGCCGUUCUGCUCUCCCCAGAUCGCCCGUGGCUGACCGAGUCCAGGAAGGUGCAGAAGCUUCAGGACAAGAUCUACGUGGCUCUGCAGCACGAGAUCCAGAAGAAACACUCCGCCGAGGACAAGCUCUCAAAGAUGGUUUCCAAGCUGCCCUUGAUGAAGACCAUUUGCAACCUGCACUUGGAUAAGCUGGAAUUUUUCCGUCUCCUGCACCCGGAGACUGCCAUGAACUUCCCACCCCUCUAUAAAGAGGUUUUCAACUCGGAGCUGCAGUACAGCGACCCACGGGAGAGCUAAGGCUGGGAGCUGCCGUCCCCCUUUAAGUUCCCCAAAAUUUGGAGAUGAACUGAACUUCAGAAGUUUGGGGCAGUUUAUUUAAAUCAAAUAAUCAAACUCAAGAGAACCUGCGGGGCUGGGAAACCUCCCCAGUCUCGUUUCCUCGCUGUGGAUUGCAAUAGCUCUUGAAUGUAAAGCACCUUGAAGGAAAAAGCAAACGGACUUUGCCAUUCCAGUGAAAUGAAUGUGAAAUCUCCGCUCGGGAGAGGAGAUGCUCCUGGCAGUGGGAAGGAAGCGGCUUCUCCCCGCAGUGCAUGGAUCCAGGGGAGCGCAUGCCGUGCGUGGCCCUUUCUGCUGUCCUGGCUGCACUCUCUGUCUCUGGAUUUUUAAUUGUCUUUUUUUUUUAAUUAUUAUUUUUAUUGUAUUCUUUUUUUUUUUUACCCGAACAGAAGGCAUGGGAUAACGAAGGAGCGAUUCAGACUCGGGUGGAUAGCAGUGAGCCAGGCUGGUGGGAGCAGCUUUGAGCUCCUGUCUGGAGCUGAGGAGAGGGUGAAGGCGAAGUCUUUGCUUUAUUCCUUCUCCCAGGGUAUGAGAUGCCCACGGCUUGGCUGAGAAAGUCCUUGCUGUGGCCAGGGGCAGGGAUUCAGGUAGGAUUUCCCCGUGGAGGAGGCAAAGGGUACCCAGUGUAGUGGGGGAAAGCUUUGCAGGGUCUCUUCAACCAAGUAAGGUGUGAUAUGACGAGAGGAACUGGCCUCAAGUUGUGCCAGGGGGGGCUUAGAUUGGAUAGUGGGAAAAUUUCUUUACUGAAAAGGGCGGUGAAACCCUGGCAGAGGCUGCCCAGGGCGGUAGUGGAGUCUCCAUCCCUGGAAGGGUUCAAAAAUAUGUGGCUGUUGCACUUUGGGACAUAGUUUAGUAGGGAUGGUGGUGUUGGGCUGACAGUUGGAUUGGAUGAGCUUAGAGGGCUUUUCCAAGCUUAACGAUUCUGUGAUUUUAUGAUUUUCCCAAAUGCCUGCCUGGCUCCCCAUCCGGCUGGCAGAUAGCCUGGCUUUUCGAAGUAAAUUCAGCCGGUCCACCUGCCUCAUGUUACCUUUCUGCAUCCCAAGCGCUUCUGGGAGAGGGGCUUUUUCCUUGAGACAGUGGCUCAAGGGUGUGGCUACAGCGCCGAGACUCGAUGCCCAUCCCAACGCUCUUCGCAGGCAGCGGCUCUUUGGGUGCUGGCUGUCAUGUAUAGUUUUAUUAUCAAGACCAACCAGUAAAACUCUGCAGCCAGAGGAGGUUUUGUGGCCUUUCCUCCACCCAGCCCCGAGCUGGUUCUGCUGCCGGGUCCUCCUUUCCAUGCCUGGAGCAUCACUGUGGCUGCUGUCACAGAUUGAGUUGGACUCGGGCUUUUCCCCUCAAGCAGCUCUGUAGAACUGUUAUUUUGGGGAUUUUUCUCUAUUUAGCAGGACCUGCAGGCUUUUUAGGGGGAGAAAGGGAGUCAAGGGGGAAGUGAAAGGUCCUUAUUCCUUCCCGGGGAAGUUGUGUUGUGGUCGGGACCUGCUGCUUUGAGCUUGGGAGGUUCCAAAGGUGAAGAAGGGAUGGAGGGAUGGAUUUGUGGGGUGAUGCUGCAAUAGCCUGCAGCCAUCAGUGCCGCUUGAUGGUUUUCCUGUCACAAUUCCUGCUCCUCCUGCAGCGAAUGCCAAAAGCUACAAGGGAAAGAACUGUGCCGAGGCAGCCCCAGUUUCUGCUGGCAAAGGGCUAAAAUCCCAAGCCCCUUCCUGCUUUGUAUUGAUUUCAACC